AUGGGGCUAGUGACACUAAAUGAGGAGUGCUCAGCCAUUCUUCAAAAUAAUCUGCCAGUAAAGAGGUGUGAUCCAAGGAGUUUUAUUGUUUCCUAUAUUAUUGGUGAUUUGCAAUUUAGUAAUGCUUUAGCUGACUUAGGAGCUAGCAUCAAUUUAAUAGCUAGUAGUUUGUUUAAAAACUUAGGUUUGAGUGAGCCGAAACCUAAUAAGAUGAGUGUACAAUUAGCGGAUAGGACUGUGAGAUUUCCUAAAGAGAUAGUUGAGGAUGUACUUAUUAAGAUAGACAAGUUUAUAUUUCUUGUUGAUUUUGUUGUUAUGGAUAUGGAGGGUGAUAGUAGCAUACCUUUAAUCCUAGGUAGAUCUUUCCUUGCAACAUCUAAGGCUGUUAUAGAUGUAUGUGAUGGGAAGUUACAGCUUAGAGUAGGUGAUGAGACUGUUACCUUUAACCUUAGUGCUUCUAAAAGUUGA